AUGUCUAUGCAUACUAGAGCCGACGCAUCACUUAUUCAAAUGGGGUGGUGCAAAGCAUUUCUUGGUUUUUCACCCAGCGGUCAAAUUAUUGCAAAUGUGUGGAGUUCAUCAAAUAUUACAAUUUCUGCUCUCGGUCCACAAAUACAAACAACACCAUUUUGGACACACAUUGUUCAAACAUGGUCAUCAACAAAUGGCUUACGUCUUUAUAUAAAUAAUUAUUUAUAUACAAGUGUCUCAAAUGCAACAACAUACCUAGGAUCUGGUUCACAAAAUUAUGCAACAUUAGGAACUGUAUUAAAUGGUACAAGUUGUUCAGCAGGACAAAUUCAAAGUACAUCACAAUAUUUUGGUGAUAUUGAUGAUUUUCGUAUAUUUAGUAGAGAAUUAACAAGUACAGACAUAUGUGAACUCGCAAAUCUAUAA